AUGAUUCAAUAUAUUACUAAAAUAUUGAUAUACAGUAUUGUAAUAUAUGUUUAUCUAAAUUAUAACAAAAAAUCCUUUUCCAUAUGCAUCUCUAGGAAAAAUAUAAAUAAUAACACAAAAUUCCUAGCACAUGCUAGAAUUUUGGCUAGCCUCGAUACUGAACCGUUGUUAUCUCCAAACAAUUGUAAUAAAAUAAAGAAUUAUAAUAAAAUAAUUAAGAAAACUAAUCAAAAUGGGCAAACUAUUGUACAAAGAAUUGCAAAAACACCAAACAAUGGCUAUAAUAAUAAAUAUAUAAAAGAGAAGAUGACGAAAGAAGGGGUAGUAAAAUAUGUGCAUAUACAACCCGAUCUCGUUAAGUCAAAUAUAAAAGAUGUUUUGGAAAUUAAGUUACAUGAAUACCAAGAUAAAAAAUAUGUAUUAAAAGAACCUAAAAUUAGCACAAGGCAUAAAAACAGUAAACCGGUGAUAGAUUCAAUAAAAAAACAAUCUCAAAUUUCCCUAAGCAAUAGAUAUACAAAAGAUAAUAAGUUUGUGUUAUAUAAUGAUUAUAACUUAACCAAGUUAAUUUCACAGCAUUUAUUAAAUUUAAAAAACAAUAAUGUGUUAAAAAAUGAAUCCAUCGAAGAAAUUAAGUCAUAUAUUAUAAAAAAUAAAAACAAAUUAAAUGAGUAUGUGGAUUUAGAAAAAUUAGAUAUCUUAAAAGUGAUAUUAAAUAAUACCCAAUUUAAUAAAGUUAGUCCAGAUGAAAUUAAUAUAAUGUUAUAUUAUGCAUUAUCUGAACACCCUAGACCCCAUAGAAACCUUCCAUAUUAUCAUGAUAUUAUUUCAAAAGACAGAAAUAAAUUAAAUCAAGCUAAUAUAAGAAAAGAAACAACAUUGAAACAAAAUAAAGUAGGAAAAAACAAAAUACUACUACAACCAAAUACGAGAAGACAAAAAUUACCACAUGGCAUUUUAGUGGAUACAAAUAAUAUAACGAAUAAAAUUUUGGUAGACAGAACAAAUUUACCACAUAAUAUUUUGGUGAAUAAAAAUAAUUUAAUGAAUACAAAUUUGGUAGAAAAAAAAAAUUCGACACAAAAAAAUGCAGUGAGAAAAAAUAUCAACGAUAAUAAUUAUACUACAAUAAAAGAUAAUUUAGAGAACAAAAAAGAGUUGUCUUCAAAUUAUGAUUUGAUAAAAAAACAAAAUAUUGCAAAAAUAAAAGAUGAAUCGAAUAAAGUGCAUAAUCCUAUAGAAAAAUAUGCGAACACGGAAAAUCAAAUAUCACAUGAAUAUAACAAUUCCAUAAGCACAGGUAAUAAACAAUAUGAAUUAAAAGCGGUAAAUAAAGUAAGAGACGUAUACGGGAAUAUAGCAAAUGAUGCAUCAACAAAACAAGAAAAGAUGAUCAAAAUAUAUAUGGAAGAUGAAAAGGGAGAGCAACAAGAAUCAAUAAAAAAAGAAAGGAUGAUCAAAAUAUAUAUGGAAGAUGAAAAGGGAAAGCAACAGCGAUCAACAACAAAAGAAAGGGUGGCCAGAAUAAAUAUGGAAGAUAAAAAGGGAAAACAACAAGAAUCAACAACAAAAGAAAGGGUGACCAGAAUAAAUAUGGAAGAUAAAAAUGGAAUGGAACAAAAACCCAAAAAAAAAGAAAUAGUUAUCGAAAUAUUUAUGGAAGAUAAAAAGGGAGAACAACAAGAAUCAAAAAAAAAGGAAAAAGUGACCAAAAUAUAUAUGGAAGAUAAAAAUGGAAAGGAACAAAAAUCAAAAAAAAAGGAAAAGGUUAUUGAAAUAUUUAUGGAAAAUAAAAAGGGAGAACAACAAGAAUCAAAAAAAAAGGAAAAAGUGACCGAAAUGUAUAUGGAAGAUAAAAAUGGAAUGGAACAAAAACCAAAAAAAAAGGAAAAAGUGACCGAAAUAUAUAUGGAAGAUAAAAAUGGAAAGGAACAAAAAUCAAAAAAAAAGGAAAAGGUUAUUGAAAUAUUUAUGGAAAAUAAAAAGGGAGAACAACAAGAAUCAAAAAAAAAGGAAAAAGUGACCGAAAUGUAUAUGGAAGAUAAAAAUGGAAUGGAACAAAAACCAAAAAAAAAAGAAAUAUUUAUCGAAAUAUAUAUGGAAAAUAAAAAGGGAGAACAAGAAUCAAAAAAAAAGGAAAAAGUGACCGAAAUGUAUAUGGAAGAUAAAAAUGGAAUGGAACAAAAACCAAAAAAAAAAGAAAUAUUUAUCGAAAUAUAUAUGGAAAAUAAAAAGGGAAAGGAACAAGAAUCAAAAAAAAAGGAAAAGGUUAUUGAAAUAUUUAUGGAAAAUAAAAAAAAACAUUUAUUCCAAUCAAAUAUUAUUGAUAAAAAAGACAUAAUUAUGCCACAACGUGAAAAUGUAAAAGUCUUAGACUUAUCCCCGAUAAAUAAAAAAAAGACAAAUAAUAAUAAAAAUUCGGAUGAAAACGAUUUUAUAGAUUUAUUUGAUAAUGAUGAUGAAGAAAGUUUAUUAACUCAAGUAAAAGAUAAUAACAAAAUAGAUGUAUCUAUUGUGGACGAAAUAUAUGCAGAAACUGAAAGACUUUUAUUUGAACAAAUCAUUGGGAAAAAAAAGGUGAAAGGAAAAUAUUAUAAAGUAAAAAAAUAUUUAAAAAUAUUUGGUUUGUAUGUACUACCCAUAAUAGCAGCAACUGUUUCGAUUUCAUUAUUGGGACUACAAAUAUCGACUGUUAUGGCAACUGAUAUUUUCAGUGGAUCUCUUAUAACAGCUGGAAAAACAACAAUAGUUGAAGGAGGGCAAUGUUUAGCAAAUGCUGCAACUGAUGUUAUGGAAGGACUUGCAACUGAGGUAUUUCCGGCUAUAUCGUUUAGUGAUUUUAGCUUUAGUGGCUUAUUUGAUUCUUUUAUUACCACUCUUGAAAAUACUGCAAUAGUUGGUAUGAAAACCGUCAGUAAUACUACAUCCUGUGUAUCUGAUAGUAUGAUACCUAAAACGAUUAGUGCUGCUACAACAUAUGGAGUUUCAGUUGCAUUUUCUCAAAUAUUGUAUCCGAUGGGAAUUGCAAUAAAUAUUGCAAUUAUUAUAUAUAUAAUCACAAAGAUAAUAGUGAAAUUAGAUGAUAUGGGUAAGUUCAACAAACUCCAUAAAUAUAGAAAAAAGGUUAUAAAUAAAUUAAAAAAAAAAAUUAAUACAAAGAAAAAGAGAAAAAAAAAACAAUAA